GCCCGUCUGCUGGGAGAUAGACAGAGGAAAAGUUAGUCAAGAUGGCAAAUCCCUCAGACCCGGAGUGAAGGGGCACCGCUCCCCGAAAAAAAGCUAAGCCUGUCGCCCGUAACUGAGACAAAGCCAACGAUGCAAACUGCUCCGGGAGGCUUAAGAGGGAUUCCCUGAAGAAAAAUGCCAGUGAGGCUGAAGCUGAUGUGACACAGCGUGUGCUGGAAGAAAGCUGACUCAUCAAAUAUCAAUCCCUCUGGGAGCUACUAAGCAGCAGAGAGCAGCUCAUAUCACCUAAUGCCUAGCUAGAAGAGAGCCACACACACACACACACCAAAGGAGAUUAUCAGACAGGAGAAGAGGAGAAGACAGUGCAGAAACCCCCUCCAGCAGGAAUAUAUCAAGCGCCGGCUGCAGGCGAAACACAUUUUGGCACCAGAAGGCCUAACAGUGAUUGCAACAACAAAGCUAAGAAUGGCAUCACAGUGGUUCAGCUGAACCUCACCAACUGACUGACCCCUCCCCGCGUAUACAUCAACAAACAGCUGAUAAGACCAUCGUCAUCCUCCUUCAGUUUUACCCCAAACCAUCAGUGUAAAGGUUGCUCCUCUCAGCCCAGCCCGGCUCCACCACAGUCAGCCUGCUUUACCCCCGCCUCGCAGACCAUGAUGUUUCGCGAUCAGGUGGGUGUGCUUGCCAGCUGGUUCAAGGGGUGGAAUGAGUGUGAGCAAACGGUGGCUCUGCUGUCCCUGCUGAAGAGGGUGAGCCGGACCCAGGCCCGAUUUCUGCAGCUCUGUCUGGAGCACUCCCUCGCCGAGUGCACCGAACUCCAGGUCCUGGAGGGAGAGGCUAACAACCCAGGGGUGAUCAGCCAGUGGCAAGGCGAGUCUAAGGAGAGGGUUAUCUCACUUGUCCUCACUCAUCUCCCGCUGCUAAAACCCGGCAACGUUGAAGCCAAGGGCGAGUACAUGCGCCUGCUGCCACGCAUCCUGGCCCACACCAUCGAGCACGGCCGUCACCUGGAGGAGUCUCGCCAGCUCCUGUCGUACGCUCUCAUCCACCCUGCCACUUCCCUGGAAGACCGCUCUGCCCUGGCACUCUGGCUCAACCACCUGGAGGAGAGGGCCGCUGCCCGAGGAGACUCACUGGAAAGGCCUCCUCCAUCUGGGCCGCACCACCACCACCAUCAAUCCACGCCUCCAUCCACUCUCUCCUCAUCAGGAUCUUCCUCCUCCACUAACACCUCCUCAUCAGGCAAUCUCUACUCCUUGCAUCACCACCAGCGCUACGGCUCAGACGACCGCCUCAACGGGUGGCAGAGCUCCAGAGAUUCAGGGCUGGGCGGAGGCUGGCAUCAGCAGCAGCAGGGCUGUGAGAACGGGCACCUCCUUCUCUACCCAUCAUCCUCUGUGCCGGCAACCAUCAACACAGUUGGAACUGGUGGAAGCGGCAACACUCUCUUGAGUGGAGGCGGCAGCCAGCAGCACAGUCCCCUGAAGCGCUCCGUGUCUCUCACGCCUCCCAUGAGUGGCCCCAGCAACCAGCCUCUGGGCCAUGUCUGGCUGUCGCAGGAGGACCUUCGGACUGCCAGAGGCCCAGCCCCAGACCACGCACCUCUAUCACCCCAGAGCAGCAUCGCCUCCUCAGGCAGCGGAGGCAGUGAGCAUCUGGAGGAGGCUGGUUUAGGAGGAGGUUCAGGUCUGCAUCGCAGCUCCUUCCAUGAUGAGGGCAGUGGCAUGAGGGAUGUUCCUGCGUGGCUGAAGAGUCUCCGUCUCCAUAAGUACGCUGCUCUCUUCUCCACAAUGACCUACGACGAGAUGAUGUCACUGACUGAAGAGCAGCUAGAGGCACAGAAGGUCACUAAAGGAGCAAGACACAAGAUCGUUAUCAGCAUUAUGAAGCUCAAAGAGAGGCAGAACCUACUUCGCAGCUUGGAAAAGGAUGUAUUGGAGGGCAGUAAUCUGCGCGCCCCGCUGCAGGAGCUCCACCAAAUGAUCAUGACGCCAAUCAAGGCUUUCAGCGGUGGCGAGGAGGCCUCCCCGCAGCGCCCCCUGCUGGGCCCUGAGGGCAAGAGCGUAGCUCCCGGUUCCCAUCUGUCUGGUGUUGGCGGGAGCGGAGGGGAGGCUGAGUCAGGCACCAGCGUCAUCGCCGAGGGGGAUCUACCAGGCCAGUUCACUCGUGUCAUGGGCAAAGUUUGUACCCAGCUGCUGGUGUCGAGGUCAGAUGAGGACAACAUCAGCUCCUACCUACAACUGAUCGACAAGUGCCUUAUCCAUGAGUCCUUUACUGAGACGCAGAAGAAGAGGCUGUUGUCAUGGAAACAACAGGUCCAGAGGCUGUUCCGGUCCAUUCCAAGGAAAACCCUCCUCGACAUAGCAGGGUACCGACCGCAAAGGAGCCGUUUCGGCCAGUCCAACUCUCUGCCCACCACUGGCUGUGUUGGGGGCACGGGUGGCGUGUCGGCCAGGAGGAGCCUUCGCCAGUUCCAGAUGCCCUCCAGGAGCUUGCCGGGUGCCAGGCUGGGCCUGCUGGGCAGCGGGGGACUGCUGGGACCCACACCUCGCAGCUCAAGCAGCACACCCACCGGUCCCAAGCAGGGGAGACAGGGUCUCUGGUUUGCCAACCCCGGAGGAAGCAACAGCAUGCCCAGCCGGACCCACAGCUCCGUGCAGAGGACCCGCUCCCUGCCGGUUCACACCACACCACAAACCAUGGUCAUGUUCCAACAAGCUGAUCUGCAGUUACCGGUGACGGAGCCAGACAUCAACAAUCGCCUUGAGUCUCUGUGUCUGAGCAUGACAGAGCACGCCUUGGGAGACGGUGCCGACCGCACAUCAACAAUAUGAAAUGAGGACCUGAGUGAGAGCUGUAGGACAACGCAGGUUCACGAGGCUCUCUCACGAUAAGUCACCUCGAGGUCACCAGCCCUCCUGUCCCCUCUCCCUGCAGCCAAUGGUAGAGCUCAACCAAAGGAUCGGGCGGGAUCCAAGAAACACAAGAGAGCCGACCACUAAACGGCUAACACAAGCUAUCACAUUGGCACCGUCCAGUCGGGUCGGAAAAACACACUUCCUGCUCCGCCAGCAUGCUCACAGUCACCUGCAUCUGGGUGAGGAGAGAGAAAAGCAUCGAACACGGCCUGGACAGUGAGUGAACAGCGCCCCCUCGCCCACAGCGGGGAGGCCAGAAGCAGCACUGCAGUCCAGCAGACGGGAGACGCUGGCCUGUGGAUCGGGGCCCAGUGAGACUGAGGCCCUUUCCCUCUCCAACACCCUCUCUGGUCCCUGCACAUCGACCACCACUCGUGGCAUCUUUCAAAUCCAUAACAGUACCUCAGACCCAAAAACAACAUGAGACAAGCAGAGUUAGGAGGACGCAGAAGGAAGUUUAGGAUUUCCUUGACUGUUUUCAGUCGUGAUGCUUGGGAAGGCCUCUUGCUCAGUAUUGGGUGGCAAAAAAAAAAAAAAAAUCAUUUAUUUGUGUUGUAUGUAUUUAUUGUUUACAUAAUGAUGCUACUUUCAAAGGGUACAGAAACAUGUAUGAAUUUCAGGUAUGAAUUGUGUAAUUCUGUAAAGCCUUGGCUGUCUACCAGCUUUACGUCCCACGAGUAGCCAUCACGCUAGUUUACAACCAACGUGCUUAUUCUUUAUUUUAGCAGCCGACAACAAAGAUGUGUUGGCUCAAAGAGAGAGAGAGAUGAGAGAGGCGAGAGAGAAGGAGGAGAUGAAGCAGAUGUGUAAAGAUGGCUAAAAGGAAGAACUGAGGAAAGACAAAGAAAGUAGAAGAAGAAUGAAUCAAGCUGAGGUGAUACCGGAAAGGGAAGUGGAUGUUUAAAGGAGAAAGACAUCAGAGGCAGGACCUCUGAUCGGCCGAGGAUGACAGAGGAAGAUGAUGUCAUGUCGUGAGUCUGUUUACGUGAGUGUAGGAGGAAGUGAGUUAUGCACCGGUCAGUUACAUUGUUUUAUCCACAGCAUGUACUGUAUGAACUCUUUGAAUUCAGAGCCUUUUGAGGCAUGAUACAUUGAAAAUGUAGGGGUUUUUUUAUACAUGGGAGAUUAAUAACGUCAGUGGGAUCUGUCUGCAUGUUCAGAUACUGUUUUUGUUUUUUUCUGAUGCAGGUUGAUAUGCUUAAGCUGCAUGUUACAUCUGAAUAUCUUUCUUGGAAGAAAGGAAGAUUGUGAAACGUGUGAAAGAUGGCAGGGAUAAACAGGAUUAGGUUUCUACUUGGACCGUGUUGCAACAUUGGAGAAAUCACACGCUGUCAAUCCAUGAAGGGUCGUUCUCCCAGAGAUUGUCUCAUUAGUGCUUACCUCCACCUGCUGGCCAAACACAGUCACGGCAGGGCAGACGCUAAAGUCCAUGGACGCAGAGAAAUCAUUCAUGAGUAUUAUUUGGGGAUUCCCCUCAAAGAAAACCAGUUUUACAUGGUCUGUCUGCUCUGUCAGUGCAGGCCUACAUGGAGUUUAUUUUCUUUUUGUAAAGUCUCAUGGUUAUUCUGUGUCUUAAUAUUUAUCCUCACUUUAUUGUGUCUGGACUUUAUAAGAAUAGGUUUAUAUGGAAAUAAGCUGUUUAGGAUACUCCCCGCUGUGCCGCUUUCAAAUGAGCACGUGUGCUGAGAGUCCUGACCCUGAGCGGUCGUCAUCGAGGGUUAUUGAUUAUUUAGUUUCUUUCAUUAGUUUGUUGCAAUUCUACAGUGCUUCCUUUUGUAUCCUGCACUUACGAUAAUGCGUAACACAAUACGAUAAUGUGAUACACUAAAAUUCAAAUGUUCAAGGCUCAAGUGACAGAAUCAAACAGAGCAGGUUGAAGAGAUGAAGCUGACGCUCACUCUCGACUGCAGAGAUUCAGCCUCGGUGGACGGACUAAAGUCGAGCGGUAGAACCACAACAGGUGGCGAUGUUGGAUCCUGAAAAAGCUCCUGACGCCUCUUAUUCACCUGAAAUGAUUUCUGUUUGUCUGAAGGUGGAUGUUGGGAGUUGAAAACACUUAAUCGUCUCAUUUCACGCACAGUUAAAGGACUGCACCAGGGUUUGUGCAUGUUUUAGCCCAUUUGUUACGAUUUGAAUCAACAUAACAUUUCAGCCAACUAUUUCUUCUUUUAUCUUGUAAUGUUUUUUCUAAUAUUACAGGCAAAUUUCCAAUCAAUUUUGUUAUGGUAUUAAAACAGUCUCGACACCUCCCUUAGAAAGUUAAUCCAUCACAUCAGACUUUGUUUUUCUUGAUUGAAAGUGCAGUAUAGCCUUUUUUUAAGAUUACUUUUUGGACAUUUUAUUUGAUAGCUGAAGCUGAAGAGAGACAGGAAAGGCAGGGUAGAGAGAGGGGAUGACACGCAAAAGAGCUGCUACAUUAAGGACUGAGCCUUCAUUGUAAGCACUCUACCAGAUAAGCUACAAGGAUGCCUCGCAGUGCAGCCUUAUGAAAAGAUUUGCACUUUCACAUAACAAUUUGGAUAAAAAUAAGUGCAAGCACCUUCUCAAGCAAGCUUCGGGUCUGUGCAACCUCAGCUUUAUAUUAUAAUAGAAACCUCCUGCUACCUACAAGUUUGGGAAACAUAUAGUAGAUCUAUAAAACACUACAGCAUGUUUUAAAAGUAGCCAGCAGUGAUGUAUUCAGUGUACUGAAGGGGCUAAAAUAUGCAGAAAAACUGAGUUGGUGCCUUGUUGUGACACCUGGAGCCCAAAUUGCCAUCCUGAUAGUGGCUGAUCUGAAUGUGUCUUCAGAUCCAAAUGAUGGCUUAAAACUGCAGUCUGGAUCAGUGCACGCACCAGCACAGAUGACAGUGUUUGUGUUGUUAGUGGCACGCUGUGCAAUCUUGGGAUUUUUGUCUCUGUGUUUCAAGCGUGUGUGUUUUCUGCUCUUAUACUUCAAGUGUGUAAGUAACCAAUCAGACGUCAUCUGUACGUUUGUGAACAAAGAUGAAGAUUCCACCAAAGCCUGAAUGUAACAUGAACUGAUGUUACGCCGUCUAACAUCUAUAUUUUUUUCCGAUGCUCCUCGCUGAGAAGCAGCAUCGGGUCUCAUGUAGACCGUUUCAGUGUCACUGCCAUAUGAAUCAGUACUUAAAGUAGAUACAAUUAUUUAUUCUUUUGUUUGUUUUUUUCAUAAUUUUUGCAGAGGUGAUACUUUUACUCAUUUAGGUGUAUUAUUAUUUAAAGUACCAUAUGUAUUAACAUGUUAUGGCUGGUGACCAUACGUACAUCUCAAAUAUUAACAUAGUUAUUGUUGACUUUUUUCUUUCAUUUUUUGUUGUUGCUGUUGUUGAACUAUAAUCUUGUUUGUAUCUAUCAGUGUCAGAUUUUUUUCUUGUGAAGCUUCGCUGUCAGAGCGCAGUCCGUCACAGAGACAUCGAUUCAUGUUCGGUUACAGAUUCACGUCAGACGAGCUGUUGGUAAACAGAACGGAAGUGUUGUUGUUGUUGUAGUAGUUGUAGUCUUUGGCAGGCCAGGAAGUAGACUGGUCCAUUCUGUUCUGGAGUCUGAACUUGGUGCUGUGGGCAUAUUACCACCUAACUGUUUGGUCUUGAGUGGGAGAAGUGAAAACUGCAGGUUUUAAUGGAUGUUGUAUUAAAGGAUAAGGCUGGCGUUAUUCUGUAUUUUUCUAAUUGUCAAUUUAAGGAAAAGACCAAAUUCAACAAUGUGUUAGUCUUUUAGGCUUGGGUAGUAUCGAUUUUUUCAUACUUUUCUGAAAUUUCACGGGGGUAUAUGUUAUCUGACGGUGUUGAACUUGUGUUUCAUCUAGUUCAUUAGUGCACUGCUCCAGCAAUCAUCAGCUCUCGUUUGGCUGAAAUAAACCCUUAAUUCACUGAUGUAGAUAUGAAAGUACGCUGUUUUCCCCCUUGGUUGCUCGCUCUGCUGUUGCUGGCCGGCUGUUUACAGUCCUAUAACAUUAUCCGCACCUCAUGGUGUCUGUCAGUUCAGCUGCCUGUUCCACAAGUAGCGAGCAGAGACUGACCUCUGGUGACGCAGGAUGUGAACUAUAUGCAAUGAAAUUAAUGGAGCGCCUGUAUUUAUGACGGUAUUGAAACUCACACCGUCGGAAUUUCUAAAUACCCGAGUAUACCAUAAUACAGUGAUAUUGCUCAGUAACUUCAAAACAACUGCUCAUUGCAGGAAGUAUUACAUUCGUUGGGCGCUAUUUUCAGUGGUGGAUUAAUCCACAUUUGGUGCUGCCGUGAGUAUUUGUGGAAACAGAUUGUGUUUGUGGGAUUCAGUAAAGAUGAACUACAGUGUGUGUGCUCACAGUAAUGAAGGAGCAUGUCAGUAGGUGCAACAGUGUGGUUCACUGAUGUGGAUUUAAAAGUUUGGAACAAAAAUGCAGCUCUAUGGCACAGUGGAAGAUGAUCUAGUAGGAUCUUAGACACAGUACUUGUCAGUAGAUACAUACAGUGUUGUGUUUUUGGACUUUUUAGGAGAUUUGUUUAACUUGAGAAAAAUAGAGAAUAUGAGCAGGCUUAUCCUUUAACAUAAUUAAACCUGCAGUCAGUAAUAUAAUCAAAGGGAUUGUUGAAACUGUAGUAUUUUUGCCGUAUUUCUAUUUACUUUCAUAUCACUUUGCCAUGUUUGAUUCAUAAAGGUCUAGAUGCAAAGUUGUGGAGAUUUAUGUCAGUUUUGCAUAAAAACACUAGUACUUGUCUGCGACUGACAAAUAGCCUGAAGUUUAUGUGGUUUUUCCAUAAAAGGUUACAUGUUUUUUGUAUUUAGAGUUCAAAGCAACACAACAGGCCUCCAGUUUCCUGCAGCAUCUCUGGGUCAAAGAGACGUUUGUGUGAACACAGAACAAACGUGUGAUGGGACAGCGGAGGGUUACAGCUCUGAGGUCUGGAUCAUUACACAUCUCUUCAAACCAAAUGCUUUAUUUUUAUUUUUUUAUUUUUUUUCUAAAUGCAUAUCAGCUCUGUGGGUGUCCAGGAGUGCUUCUAACGCUGUGCACACUGCAGUAUUAACAGUUAGAUAACGCCUUGAUAUUCCAAAAACAUUUAAUGUACUUUAAGUCGAGACAUGUAUGCUGUUUUGUAUCUUUUAUUUUUGUCAUAGAUUCUGCAGUUUAGUCGUUGAUAUGGGAUGCCAAGACUUUGUUGGGUUUUUUUUUGUAAAUUCCGCAGCAUCCAUUCUGUAACAAAGUGUUACCGCUUGACUGUGCUCCUUUAUUUCAUUUAGUUUUAUUUUAUCAAAGAGCCGAUGUCCUGUAUUGACUGCAGGCUUACGUAUAUAUUUGACAAAAAGAUUAUUGUAUGUUUAAUAAUAAAAAAAACACAAAAAAGACAAAAAA